AUGGCGAACGGAUUAAACGGCGCCAGUUACGGUCCACCAAUCAAGCCACCGGUGAAAACUUACUACAGUCAUGGCCGACGCGGCUCCGACGUAGGUUGCGGUAUCUGUGGUUGUUUCUCCAGCUGUCUCCUUUGUUGCGGAGGUUGUCUCGUAAACAUCAUCUGCAACAUCCUCAUCGGUGUACUCGUUUGCCUUGGAGUCGUUGCUUUAAUCCUCUGGUUUAUCCUCCGACCAAACGUCGUGAAAUUCCAAGUUACGGAAGCUGAUUUAACGCGAUUUGAGUUCGAUCCAAGAAGCCAUAACCUUCAUUACAAUAUCUCGUUGAACUUUUCGAUACGUAAUCCUAAUCAACGUCUUGGGAUACACUAUGAUCAGUUAGAGGUGAGAGGUUACUACGGUGAUCAGCGUUUUUCUGCUGCGAAUAUGACGUCGUUUUAUCAGGGACAUAAGAACACGACGGUGGUUGGAACGGAGUUAAACGGACAGAAACUGGUUUUGCUCGGUGCCGGUGGACGGAGAGAUUUUAGGGAGGAUCGGAGGUCUGGGGUUUACAGGAUCGACGUGAAGCUCAGAUUUAAGUUAAGGUUUAAGUUUGGGUUUUUGAACUCAUGGGCCGUUAGGCCCAAGAUUAAGUGUCAUCUCAAAGUCCCCUUGAGCACCUCUAGUUCAGAUGAAAGAUUUCAGUUUCAUCCCACCAAGUGCCACGUUGACCUCUGA